CCAAAAUCAAAAGUUUGAAGCUUGAUAAUCUCACACGAACGCCAACUCUCUUCAGCCCGGCAAAACUCCAGGAGCCGAAACGGAUGUUCUUCUACUCUUGCGCUCUUCACAAGAUAUCUCACAUGGCGCCCAAACCCAAACCCCAACUCCUCCAUCGAAUUGCAGGCGAUUCUUCGCAGAGCUCAGCAAAGCGGGCGAGAGCGAUGAGCACCGAUUCCCCCAUGAAGGAAGCUUUUACUAAAUACGCCGAUUACCUCAACAACCUUAAUGAUAAACGAGAAAGAGUGGUUAAGGCAAGUCGUGAUAUCACCAUGAACAGCAAAAAGGUCAUAUUUCAGGUGCACAGAAUAAGUAAAUACAAUAGAGAUGAAGUUCUGGAAAAGGCUGAAAAGGAUCUAGCAGCUGUGAGAGAUCAGUUUAUUUCUCGGUUGAUAAAUGAAUUGCGAGGGUCUGAUUUUUGGAAGCUUAGAAGAGCAUACUCUCCAGGGGUACAAGAAUAUGUUGAAGCUGCAACAUUUUUUAGAUUCUGCAAAACUGGGACUCUUUUGAAUCUGGAUGAGAUAAACGCUACUCUGUUACCACUCAAUGAUCCAUCUCUCGAGCCUUUAAAAAUUAACGUCCUCGACUAUAUCCUAGGGCUUGCGGAUUUGACAGGAGAGCUGAUGCGUUUGGCUAUUGGUCGAAUAUCAGAUGGUGAGCUUGAGUUUGCUGAGAAGAUAUGUAGAUUUGUGCGUGAUAUCUAUAGGGAGUUGACCUUAAUUGUCCCACAUAUGGAUGAUAGUUCUGACAUGAAGACAAAGAUGGAUACGAUGCUUCAAAGUGUGAUGAAGAUAGAGAAUGCUUGCUUUAGCAUCCAUGUGAGAGGGUCAGAGUAUAUGCCGCUGCUUGGAUCCAGUGAGCCAAGUUCUUUUUUGCUUGGGGUGUCCGACAUUGAACUAUGAAGAAGUAAGGUUUCUGUGGCUCUCUGGUAUUGUGGAUUCUCUGUUUUCCAGCCAGUGCGUGCAGGUUUGAGGUCUACAGCUUUGUCAAUUACUAAAGAUUAACUCGCCUUCUUCAUCGCAGUGAGGUGAUCCCAACUGGAAUCAUUCGAAGGAGUGAACUUUAGGUUUCUUGUUUAUUAGUAGAAACACUUCUGCAACGGUUAAUAUUGUUCCUUUAAUUGCAUGAAGAGAUGCUACUGUGGAUGGAUUUUGUUGAGCUUAAAGGCUAGAACUCCUCCCACUAUCCACAAGUUCACCUAGAUGUUUUGGUAAUGCAAGUGGUUUAAGACUCCUUGAUUGAACC